AUGUCAAACAACGAUGACAUUCAGUGGCUGGAGAGCUACUUGCGCUAUGGCUACGACCCCGAGGUCCAGAGGUUUGAAGACAACAAUAUGGCAUACUUCCAGGCAAAUCCGUACUUUGCCUUGCCCCCGCCGUCUCAAAUGUCCCUCCCGUGGCCAGGAACGAGUCACGCUCGAUUUCAACCACCUUACCCUCAAGGUCGUCCGAGAGCGGAGAGAACCAAUGUGAGGCCUACCGGUGUUACCUCUUCCUCAGCGCCCGCUCCUUCCCCAACACAAUCUCGCCCACCCCAUGCUCCACCUCGUUAUGCGCCUCCAUCGUCCGGCGCGCCUUCCCCCGUGUCCCAGACGCAAGGCUCGCAGGUUCAUUAUGCGCCUGUCAGGGGACCGGAGUCGUAUCAGAAUCUAGCGCAGCAAGCUCUCCAUCACUCGCAGCGGGCACCAUCCCCACAGCCUCAACAGCCAACCCAAUCCUACUCACCUACCACGACAGCAGCACCUAUAGCACCUGCAGCACCUGCAGCACCUGCUCCGCCGCCCACGAAGACAGCUCCGCCUCGGCCUCGAAACACAGGGUCUCCUCAAUUGCUUAACCCCACACAAUCCCAACUACCCACCAGCGCGGCCCCUCGCGCACCUCAGGCUGGCCCUCUAAGAGCCUGGACAACGAUGCCUGAUGGGAACAGAACAUCCUCAGCCUCUCCGCCCGGGCACGCUCUUCUGCCGACCUCGAAGACGGUCCCUCCUGAGGCGCAGAAGUCUGUUUACCAUCCAACGCCUCAGCCGAUGCCGUCACCUUCGGCUUACUCCGCGCCUCCGCAAAAUCUGCCAGUAGCUCAGGCUACCGGCGGACCCAACCAAGCUCCUACCGUUGGGCCUCACACGGCUCCUUUACGGGGCAGGCCACAAAACCCUCCAAUGCCACAACCUGGAGGUCAACCGGGUUCUGCCCCGGCUCCUGCCCCGGCGCCCGGCCCAGCACCCGGCUCAGCACCCGGCACAGCUCCAGGCCCACCACCGGCGUCAUUUGCGUCCUUGGGUGCCGCCCAUCCCUCAAUCCCCGCAGGUGGGCUGUCUGUCUACAGUUACUCUCCCGCAACUACCGCGGGGCACAAAGUGAAGGAUCAUUUGAAACACCGCGCCGACAUUGUGAAGCCUAUAAAUGAAGCGGAUGCUGCUCGGAAGCUGGCUUAUGACCCUAAGACUAUUGCUAGAGAUGUUCUAAUUGCAUCCGGUCGUCAUCCAACUGAAGACGCUCUGAACCAUCACCUUUUCCGUCUACGGGAUGUGUUCACACAUGUGGACAACGGGUCAGAUCUGGCGACAUUUCGAUGGGAUCUGGUAGAUUCGCAAGAGGCACGUGACCAGGAACGGAUGGGCGCACCCCUUCCGCCGUCCAACCGACUUUCCACGCCCAACCAACUUUCCGCCCCGCGUCCCGCGCCGCGACCGCCGCACCCGAUUCCUGCUCCGCCUCAUCUGAACUUCCCAUCAGCUCCAGUCCCGCCAGCAUCUGCGCAACUUCAGCAGGCAUUGCCUCCGCAUCCAAAACCGCAAGUGCAGCCAUCGCAACCUCCUCCUAACUCUCAAAUCUCCUUCCAGUCUCCUAGUCCGCAGGUCCAGCUUCCUCCCAGAACCGGUGUUCCCCCCUUGCACUCCCCAUACACACCACUACCACCAGCGCCGCAGCCGCAGCCGCAGUCACAAUCCACACCCAGGACACCGGCGAGUGCGAUGGUGGGCAAGCGGGGACCUGGUCGUCCGCCUGGGAGCAGCAAUAAGCCCAAGCAGCAGCCGGUUACGACGACGAGCGCACAACCGGUGCAGUACCAGGUUUUCGGCUGUCAGUGGACGGACUGUCGUGCUGAGCUCCAUAAUCUGGAGGGGCUCAAGAAACACAUUUUCAAGAUUCAUGUCUCUCAGCAGCUGACUUGUGGUUGGAAGGGAUGCACACACUCAGAGCCCAUGCCUGCGGCGCUGCUCUUCAAGCACGUGAAGAAGGACCAUCUGGACUCUAUCGCGUGGAGGCUGGGUGAUGGACCAUCUGUGCCAAGACCUGGUGAAACCACUAGCGAAACAGGACUGUCUACGAUUCCUCAGAACGGUCGACCUGGCAUGGAUGACAUGCUUAUCUUCCCGGCGAGUGGUUCGUCGAUCCGAGCCUACCAUAAAGUUCAUGGCAAAACUACCCAGCAGCAAAAAGCGCAGGAAAUCCUCAAGGCUGUGCAGCGACUGAAAGAACAGAUCGGCGUGGGCUUGGACCCGGGGGGCUGCGAAUUGACCAACUUUGUGCGGAAUGAGCGACAGAGCACUGAGGAGGAUGUUUAUGAAGUGGUUAUCUAA